UGAACUUAGCUCAAACCAAUUUGUUAAAUUACUUUAUAUUGAUCGUCGAAUGUUUGCAGAAGAUGACAGAAAUUGCAUUGGAAAAAUUAUUUCGUGUGGAAGUCGAAGAUUCAUCGGAUUUUGGCAGAGAUGGCUUUGAAAGAAUUACGUGAAACACCAAAAAAUGUAUUAAUUGGUUUAAAGCAGCUAAAGUAUUUAUUGGAAAAUGAAACCAAUAUUCCGAAGGAUAUGCCGAAGAAUAAUGAAAGAUGGUUAAUGAAUUUUCUACGUUUAUGUAAAUUUUACCCAGAAUCAGCUAAAGAGAAGAUCCUCCGUCAUCUUGAAUUAAAAAAGAAAUUUUCAAAUUUUUUAAAAAAUUCUCAGAUUAUUGACUUAAAGGAUUUUAAAGGAAAGAACUUCUUUUACGUUUUAAAACAAGAAGAUUAAUUAGGUCGACGA